AUGGGGUAUAAAUUCAUGACCGCGGCCUUUGUGCUUCUCAACCUCUCCCUCCCCGCCCUCACCCAAGGCACCGGCACCCAAUUCAUCACGGGCCCCUGCGCCUCCGACGCCGACUGCGCCUCCGGUUGCUGCGGCUUCAAUAGCGGCAAAUGCGCCGGCGCCAUCAUCGCCCUCACGCGCGACGGCGGGUGCGGGUUCGGCGAUGCGACACCCAACGGUAACGCCGCCGCAGCCCUGCGAGGGCAAAGUCCAUCGCCCAUAGCCGUCUCCGUCUCCGCCACCGCCGCGCCCGCAGCUACGGUGGCCGCAACUCCCGCGCCCGCUCCCGCGGCUACCGGUGGUAACGGCGCGGGAAACAAGGCGGGGAAGCAGUUCAUCACGGGCCCGUGUACGUCGGAUGCCGAUUGCGCGAAUGGGUGCUGUGGGUUUAAUACGGGCAAGUGUGCCGGUGCGAUUGUGGCGCAGGAGAGGGAUGGGGGGUGUGGGUUUGGGGAUGCGAGUCCGAAUGACAAUGCGGCGAAGGCGUUGACGGGGCAGAAGAAUAAGAGGUUGGCUGUUAGGGAGAUGGUUUGA